CAUUUCAAACAUUAAAAGGAAUAACAGAAUAAUGGAUGCUAAUUCUGAUAAAGGUUUUGCCAGUGGUAGUUUGGGUGAUGUUGAUGAAUAUUCAAAAAAAGUAUUGAGUGCUUUAAUGACAACUAUCAAAGCAAGUAGUAGUUUGCCUCACUCUUCAGAUGAUUUCGACUUGUACAGCAGCUUUCCUGGUUUUCGCGCAUUCUAUAACAAACAAGGUUCAAGGAUUUUAUCAAACAUCAACUCAUUUCUACAUCAUCAAGGAAUAAAGACUUUGCCACAAACUGAUGGACAAACGAGUAGUGGUAAUGUUGAUGUAGAUGAUCAUUACGAUCGUAUUGUUGAAGCAAAUGACAUGAUGUUGGAACAAAUAUCCACAUUAUUAGAACAAGCUACUGCACCGAAAAAGGACAAUUCACAACCUGAUACUGAUGUCGUUAUUCAGCAACCGCUAGUUUUCAUUCCGAAAACUAAGCCGGUUGUUUCGUCAUGGAACAGAGAAAAUAAAUAUGGCAAACAACAAACUUUCAAAUUAUUCCAUGCACAUAAUAUUAUGAGGCCACAAACGAAAUUCAAAGAUAAAAUUGACAACAGUAAUCUACCUUUUGUUCCAAAAAUUACAGAGAAACCAAAUGCUGUGAAACAGUUACCGAAAGCUUUAGUAAAUUUACAUUCACAGUCAUCUGAUGGUGGUGUUUCACUUGCCAUUGUCAAUUUGGUAAGACAAGGUAGAGAAUAUAACGCAGAAGAUCAAAAUAUAUAUGGUCACCCAUAUGAAACGGAGCUUGCAAAUUUGAAAUUUUUAAACGAGCAGCUUCAAAGAGUCGAACCACAAAAAUAUGAUCCUUUCCCAUCAGAGCCAUGCCAGGUUAUCACGAAUAUAAAUGAAUUGCUAGAUGUUAUUGAGCACUUGAAAUCUUGCCCUGAAUUUGCAGUUGAUCUGGAACAUCAUUCCUAUCGAUCUUUCCAAGGUAUAACCUGUCUCAUGCAAAUAUCAUCGAGAUCAAAAGACUUUUUGAUCGAUACAUUAGAACUACGAUCAGAAAUUCACAGAUUCAAUGAAGUAUUUACAAAUCCUAAUAUUGUAAAAGUAUUUCAUGGUGCUGAUUUUGAUGUGCAUUGGUUGCAGCGCGAUUUUGGAGUGUAUGUUGUUAACAUGUUUGAUACUGGUCAGGCCGCAAGAGAAAUGUGUUUAGGGCAUUUUUCUCUUGAUUAUUUGUUGCAAAAGUAUUGUGAUGUUCAUGCAGAUAAAAAAUAUCAACUUGCGGAUUGGAGAAUCCGGCCGAUACCAGAAGAAAUGAGAAAGUAUGCGCAAGAGGAUACUCAUUAUUUGUUAUAUGUAUAUGAUAUAAUGAAAAAUGAACUUCUGGACUUGGGUGCCUCAGGUCAAGCUUCUGGUACCACAAGACUACUCAAUACUCUAUAUAGAAGUCGUGAUGUUUGCCUACGAAAAUAUGAGAAGUUUCUACUUACGCCUACAUCACAUCUUAAAUUAUAUGAGAGACGGAAAAGCAGAAAACAACUUAAUAACAAGCAACUUGAGCUUCUGAAAUUGCUUUUUGAGUGGAGAGACACGAUGGCAAGACAAGAGGAUGAAAGCCCUGGUUACGUUUUACCUAAUCAUAUGCUUUUUCAAAUCGCUGAAAUCAUGCCCAGAGAGGCACAGGGAGUACUUGCAUGUUGCAAUCCAGUACCACCUCUUGUCCGUCAACAUGUUCAUGCAAUUCAUCAGUUAGUUUUGGAAGCAAGAGCAAAAGGCUCUGGUAAGAAGACAGAUGCAUCACAUAUCAGCACACCGACUGAAGUACCCGUUCCAGCAAAACCUGAUGAAGAUGCUUAUGAUGAUAUAUUGACUUGCCCACAUGACUUAUCUAAUUUUGAUCUUUCUACACCAAACACUAAACCUAAACCGCCGCAAGUAUCGACUGCUCCACAAUCGUCAUUUCUCUGUAACGACGGUCGUCCUCAACCAUUACUAACAGGUCAAUCUAGUAAUCCAACCAGUCAUAUGCAAGAAGCAAAUUGGGAUCCAUUUUCAAAGUAUUUUCCCCCUAAAAAUAAUUUGCCAAACGCACCAACAAAAUGUAUAACAUCUCUUGACGAUGUAAGCUUGAAAACAAUGCUGAGUCUUGAAUAUGCUUGGAAAUUGAAAAAUCUUCAUGGUGAUAAACAAGAGCAAGCAGAAGAGAAGAAGGUUGUACAAAAACAAAAGCAACAAGAAGAAGAUGUUAUUAUAUUGAGUAAUUUACCACAAGUUCAUGGACAGAAGCGUCACCCACAACCAAAUCAAGAUAAAAAGAUGUCGAGACAUGCCAAAAAGAAAGCGAAGAAACUUGCAGUAAAUUCGGAUAUACAACCAUUUGAAUAUACCCAAGAGCAUUAUAAAAGAUUCCAUUAUCAUAAAAAAUGACAUUUUCGGACAUUAUCAACCUACUGUCAUAUUCUAUUAUGGAAUAAUGUAAUUCACAGCUGUCCGUAAUGUGCUGAAUAGUAGUGAAUACGGAGAGAUGCUAUAUCAGAUCCGUCUGGAAGAUAAUAAGUGGUACAGAUAUUUCUCUGUUCAAAAAAUUUUAAUUUGGAUUCACCUACUCUUCUCGACUGCCAAAAUUUUUGCAUGCACUGAUUUAGUUCAUUUAAUGAAAUUCAUUGUCUUUUUGGCCAAAUAUAAAGGAAAUAUUUACAA